CUGACGUUCACCUCGACUCCGCUUUCACCUGACCGAUCCUAGCGAUCUUGCGCGAUCUCGUCGUCGUCGUCAUCGUUUGACAAUUUUCUCAAAAGUAUCCUCGACUUCGUGUUCCUCCUUUUGUGCAAGAAAAAAGGAUAUACACACGCACAUGUGAGAGAAGAAAGAGCGUGCGAAAAUAGGAAAUAGUUUUCCCCCGAACAUCUUCCCGAGGAAGCGGGUCCAGGAAGUGAUCCCUCGACAUCUCCGUCGCGCGUCAUCCGUCGACUAUGACUACCUGUGUCGCGAGGAUACAGAGGAUAAGGAUCUAGCAGAGACCGAAUCAUCUGCAAAAUGGCAAAGAAUCAACAUCAAAAUGGUGUAAUACCGGGCGGUGGCGCGAUGUCUGGACCGGAUGAUUUUUCGGAUGGUGAAAGCACUCCUCUGACUCAGGAUUACAUCGGAAGCCAACGCACGAUCGUCGAAACGAAAGGAUGGGACGUAUUCCGAAAUCCACCGCUGAAACUCGACUCCAUCUCGGGCUCCAUGGCGAACCAGAAGUGCCUGGAGAGAAUGGUGCAAGUGAUCAAGGUCCUCGUCUAUCUACUUGUUUUCAUCAUCGUGCUGGGAAGCGGCGUGGUCGCCAAGGGCACGAUCCUCUUCAUGACAUCGCAGCUGCAACGGGACAGAAAAAUAUUUUACUGCAACAAACAAUUAGAUCGAGAAAAUCAAUAUACCGCGACGUUGCCCGAGGUUGAAAGGAUCGCCUGGAUCUGGUGCAUAAUAAUCGCGCAAUCGAUACCAGAGUUUGGCGUGCUGAUGCGCAGCAUCCGCAUGUGCAUCUUCAAGUCGUUUAAGAAACCGCAUCUGUCGCACUUUCUCCUAGUCUUUAUCAUGGAAACGUUUCAUAUAAUGGGCGUCUCCUUGAUGUUCAUGGCGGUGCUCCCGGAACUGGACGUCGUCAAAGGAGCGAUGCUGACCAACUGCGUAUGCUUCGUUCCCGGAUUGCUCGGCCUACUUUCCCGUAACAAAAGCAAAGAAUCUAAACGAUUCGUUCUCGUUCUCGUCGAUAUGGCCGCCCUGGCCGCUCAGGCGACCAGCUUCGUCCUUUGGCCGCUGCUGGAGAACUCGAAGCAUUCCCUGUGGCUGAUUCCUGUCGCCCUGUUUCUCGUCUCCUGCGGCUGGUGGGAAAAUUACGUCUCCACGCAGAGUCGGAUCGGUCUCAUCAAAACACUUGGUAGAGUAAAGAAAGAGAUGCGAUUGACGCGCUACUUUACUUACAUGCUGAUAUCUAUCUGGAAGAUUAUAGCGUUCUUUAUCAGUUCAAUAUUGAUAUUGCAUAUAAAAGGCGAGAAUGUAGGCCAUCUCUUCACCAUGCUGAGCAGCGCGUUCGGUGAACACAAGAUCACCGUCACGUCCGUCAAGUCGAUCGCCGGAAGUCUGCCCGAUCUCUCGGAAAUUGUGACUGGCGACAUCACUGAGGUCGUCAACGCUGACUUCAGCUCGCCCAUCUACGUUCUUCUGCUGCAGAUCGCUGGUUCCUACUUUGCCUACAUUUUCGGCAAAUUCGCGUGCAAGAUUCUGAUUCAGGGCUUCAGUUACGCGUUUCCGGUGAAUCUCACGAUACCAGUGUCGAUCUCGCUGCUGAUCGCCGCCUGUGGUCUUCGCAACAGCGAUCCGUGCUUCUUCCAUGGCACUAUUCCGGAUUACCUGUUUUACGAGUCGCCACCACCGAACUUUCUCAACGACUUUGUGUCAAAGCAAUAUGCCUGGGUAUGGUUGCUCUGGCUGCUGUCGCAGACCUGGAUCACCCUGCAUAUCUGGACACCCAAGUGUGAGCGUCUCGCUGCCACGGAGAAGCUAUUCGUGGUGCCGAUGUACAACUCUCUAUUGAUCGAUCAAUCGAUGGGACUGAACAGGAGAAGGGAUGAUCAACCGGAGGUCAAAGUAGAAGAUCUGGCGGAGAUAGAGAAGGAGAAGGGCGACGGCGACUACGAGACCAUCUACGAGCAAACAGACGGCUCAACCACACCUCCGUCCGCGGUGAAGAGCAGCGAUCACGUAACCAGGAUCUACGCUUGCGCUACCAUGUGGCACGAGAACAAGGAGGAGAUGAUGGAAUUUCUGAAGAGUAUCCUACGCCUCGAUGAGGACCAAUGCGCGCGACGUGUCGCCCAGAAGUAUCUCAAAGUCGUCGAUCCCGAUUACUAUGAAUUUGAAACUCACAUAUUCUUCGACGAUGCGUUCGAGCUGUCGGAUCACGACGAGAACGAAUCGCAAGUGAACAGGUUUGUGAAACUCCUGGUCGGCACGUUGGACGAAGCCGCAUCGGACGUGCAUAAAACGAGGAUGCAUGUGAGAGCACCUAAGAAGUAUCCGACUCCGUAUGGUGGACGACUGGUUUGGACUCUCCCAGGGAAGACGAAGAUGAUCGCCCAUUUGAAGGACAAGAGCAAAAUCCGACACAGGAAGCGAUGGAGCCAGGUGAUGUACAUGUAUUAUUUGCUCGGACAUCGGCUAAUGGAAUUACCGAUCAGCGUUGAUCGCAAAGAAGUCAUCGCCGAGAAUACAUAUCUGUUAACACUUGACGGCGACAUUGACUUUCAACCAGCAGCUGUAAAACUUCUCGUGGAUUUGAUGAAAAAGAAUAAAAAUUUGGGCGCUGCUUGCGGUCGAAUUCACCCAGUCGGUUCUGGACCAAUGGUGUGGUACCAGAUGUUCGAGUACGCAAUUGGUCACUGGCUGCAAAAGGCUACCGAGCACAUGAUCGGCUGCGUCCUCUGUAGUCCCGGAUGCUUCUCGCUGUUUCGUGGCAAGGCUCUGAUGGACGAUAACGUGAUGAAGAAAUAUACGACCAAAUCCGACGAAGCGAGACACUAUGUGCAAUACGAUCAGGGCGAGGACCGUUGGUUAUGCACGUUGUUGUUGCAACGAGGGUACAGAGUGGAAUACUCGGCUGCGAGCGACGCUUACACUCACGCACCGGAAGGAUUCAACGAGUUCUACAACCAACGGCGUCGCUGGGUACCCUCCACGAUCGCGAAUAUCAUGGAUCUACUGAUGGACGCGAAACGCACGAUCAAAAUUAACGACAACAUCUCGUUACUCUACAUCUUUUAUCAGAUUCUGCUGAUGGGUGGUACGAUUCUGGGGCCCGGCACGAUCUUCCUCAUGUUGGUGGGAGCUUUCGUGGCGGCCUUCAAGAUCGACAAUUGGACUAGCUUCUAUUAUAAUAUUAUCCCCAUUUUGCUCUUCAUGAUCGUCUGUUUCACGUGCAAAGCAAACAUGCAGCUUUUAUGCGCCCAGAUCCUGUCGACGGCGUACGCGAUGAUCAUGAUGGCGGUGAUCGUAGGUACAGCUCUACAGCUUGGCGAGGAUGGUAUAGGCUCGCCCUCGGCGAUCUUCCUCAUAUCAUUGUCGAGCUCGUUCUUCAUAGCAGCCUGUCUGCAUCCGCAAGAAUUUUGGUGCAUCGUGCCCGGCAUCAUAUAUCUACUGUCCAUCCCAUGCAUGUAUUUGCUUCUCAUACUGUACUCCAUCAUCAAUCUUAACGUUGUAUCAUGGGGUACCAGGGAGGUGCAAACGAAGAAGACCAAAAAGGAGCUCGAGCAAGAGAAGCGGGAGGCGGAGGAAGCGAAGCGCAAAGCCAAGCAAAAAUCCCUGCUUGGCUUUCUGCAGAAUGGCGCAGGUACCAACGAUGACGAUCAGGGCUCCAUCGAGAUAUCUCUGGCCGGUUUGUUCAAGUGUAUGCUCUGCACCCAUGGCAAACCGUCUGCUGAGAAACAACAGCUCGUGGCGAUCGCGGAAUCGCUCGAGCAGCUCAGCAAGAGGCUCGAGACUAUCGAGAGAGCGGUGGAUCCUCAUUCUUCCGGAAGGAGAAGAGCCUCGUCCGUGGGUUCGCGAACCGCCGACCAUCUUGGCGCUAUCGGCGAGGAUCCGGCCGAAGAUGAGGAGGCCAGCGACGCGGAAACGGUGACGAGUCUGAAUACCGAGGGUAAUCGCGAUGGCAGCAACUUCCUUACGCGGCCGUACUGGUUGAACGAUGAAGGCCUGAAGAAAGGCGAGGUGGACGUGCUGUCGCUGCAGGAGGAGCAAUUCUGGAAGGACCUGCUAGAGAAGUAUCUUUAUCCAAUCGACGAGGACAAGGCGGAGAAGGCCCGCAUCGCCGGCGAUCUGAUUGAGCUACGCAACAAGAGCGUGUUCGCCUUUCUAAUGUUCAAUGCGUUGUUCGUUCUGAUCGUAUUCUUGCUACAGCUGAACAAGGAUCAGCUACACGUUGUCUGGCCGCUCGGCGUCAAGACCAACAUCACUUACAUCGAGGAGACUUCGGAGGUACAUAUCACGAAGGAGUAUCUGCAACUCGAGCCGAUCGGUCUCGUCUUCGUCUUCUUUUUCGCAUUGAUAUUGGUCAUACAAUUCACCGCGAUGUUGUUCCACCGAUUCGGCACACUGGCCCACAUUUUGGCCAGCACUAGUCUAGAUUGUUGCAAAAAGACGAAGGAUCUUUCCGAAGAAGCCUUGCUAUCAAAACAUGCGGUCGAGAUAGUGAGAGAUCUACAGAGACUAGACGGAAUAGAGGGUGAUUACGAGGAAGGCAGCGGCAGCGGGCCCGGUAGACGAAAAACAAUUAGAAAUCUAGAAAAGAGUCGCAGGAAGACGCAGGCGAUCAAUACGCUUGACGUAGCCUUCAGACAGCGAUUCUUUAGCAUGAGCGAAGGCGCAGGUUUGCCGAGGAACAUGUCGACACGACGCACCACCGAGGCGUUCAAGGCAUUCGAGGGUAGACGCAACAGCAUAAUGGCACAGCGCCGGAAAUCGCAGAUGCAGACCCUGGGCGCGAAUAAUAUCUACGGGGUCGCCGGCAAUCCGCUGGGGAUCCAGGCUCGGCCGUCUCGUAGCAGUCAGAUAUCCGUCAAGGACGUGUUCGAGGGACACGGAGCGACGUCGGCAGCGGGGCACGUGAACGCCGGUUACGAGGGCGAUGAUAGCCCGGUCAAUAGUUUAAGGCUGCAGAAUCUCGGCGGUAGUCAGGUCACGUGGCGAGAAGCCAACUCCAACGUCUGAUCAUUUCUUUCGUCCCCAUCUCUCUAAAGAUCGAAGAAAAAUCCGACAGAUUAAUUUGAAAAUUAAUUUGAAUUAAAUUUACUUAUUAAUUUGAAUUAAUUUGAAAAACAAAGAGCUUGAAAAUUGGUAUUUAAAACGAAUUAGAAAUGAGCUCUUUAAAUUAUAGAAUAAUUGAAAUUCUUCUCAUGAAAAAUUAUAAUGUUUUGACACCUUACGUAUCUCAUCAAUGUCCCCACAAGAUAAUUAUUUAAAUAAGUAUCUUUAUCAAAAUCCAUUCAAAUUUCAGAUGUACUUAGCUGGCAAUCGCUGACAAGGCCCGAUCGAAAAUGUGUUCUUUUUGCAUUUUUUCCACACGUUUUUCUCUUAUUUCCAGCACAAUUUUGUUCAUCGUUGUUUUUCUCCUUUCGAUUAUUUUAUCGCGUUUUUAUUUUUCCCUUCAAAAAAAAAACACAUUCCGUAUCAUAACGUUGAAUUAGAUUGUUUUUUUUCUUUCUUUAACUGCACGUCUGUACUUUCUUACAUUUUUCGUACUUUUUAAUACUUUUCUCUCUUAAGUUUAUCUCAUCUUACGUGCAUAGAGUAUAGCGUAGUGCUGUUAAAGAAAGGAGAUUUAAUUUUUAUAACAUUACUGCCCAGGAAAUAAUCGGCAGUGACGGCGAUGAUUACGCUUACUUGCUCCCUUUUUAUCGCAUAUGUGAUAAGGCCGAUAUUUAAAAUAUAAAUUUGAUUGCGCAUGAAUGUGUAAAUGUGUGUGUAUAUAAAUUUUAUAUGUGUGUUUGAAAUUGCAUGCAUGUAAUAAUAAUUUUAAUAAUAAUAAUAAU